CAGAUGCCCCGUCAGAUGGCAUCUCACUGUCCUCCCAGACCUUUGACGUCAGAAUGUCCAAGAAGGACUCUACUAUAAGUCUGUGUGCUCUGCAGGCUGGCAUUCAGCCACCUUCCUGUGGGAGUGAGCCCCAAGUGCCCACUGGCCUCAUCAUGUCUGGGUCUCCGACCCUAGAGCCACCACUCGACACCCAGGGAGACACCUCCCUGAGCAGCAGGGAUGAGGACGUGGCCGGCGAGACCCAGCACUCCCAGCGCAUGCUCAGCUUCAGUGACGGGCUGCUGUCUAUCAUCGCCACUGUGAUGAUCCUGCCUGUGACCCACACGGAGAUCUCCCCAGAACAGGAGUUUGACAAAGGUGUGCAGAAGCUUCUAGCAACCAGGAUUGCCGUCUACCUGAUGACCUUCCUUAUCGUAACAGUCGCUUGGGCAGCACACGCGCGAUUAUUCCAGAUUGUUGGGAAAAUAGAUGACACACUCGCCUUGCUCAAUCUGGCCUGCAUGAUGACCAUCACCUUCCUGCCCUUCACAUUCUCCCUGAUGGUGACCUUCCCCGAGGCGCCGCUGGGCAUCUUCCUGUUCUGCAUGUGUGUGGUGGCCAUCGGGGGCGUGCAGCCCCUACGUCCAGACAUCAGCCCGCAGGGGCCUGUACCGCAGGCACAUCCUGGGCCUUGUGCUUCGGGGCCCUGCCCUGUGCCUCCUGGCUGCCGGCUUCUCCCUGUUCUUCUACCCGGUGUCCUACCUGCUGAUGGCCACAGUCAUCUUCCUGCCCUAUGUCAGCAAGGCCACCCACUGGUGCUGGGGAAGGCUCACAGGCCGCAGGCAGCCGCCGGCCCCCCACGUGGACAGCUCCCUGGACCUAAGCGAGGCCCUCAGCAAGGAGCGGGUAGAGGCCUUCAGCGACGGGGUCUACGCCAUCGUGGCCACCCUACUCAUCCUGGACAUAUGCCCCCAGCCUCUCCAGGCCUUACCCUCCGCUCCUGCGUCAGCUCUGAAAGCUUCAGCGGCUUGUGUCACAUCUGCCGUCUUCCCUUCUGUCUCUUCCUCGGCGAGGACAACGUACCAGACCCCCGGCAGGUGCAGGAGCGGUUCGGCGGCAGCCUUCUGGCGGCGCUGGGUGCGGCGGGGCCCCGCUUCCUGGCCUAUUUCGGCUCCUUCGCCACAGUGGGGCUGCUGUGGUUCACGCACCACUCCCUGUUCCUGCACGUGCGGAGGGCCACGCCCGCCAUGGGGCUGCUCAACGCGCUGUCGCUGGCCUUCGUGGGCGGCCUUCCACUGGCCUACCAGCAGACGUCGGCCUUCGCACGGCGGCCGCGGGACGAGCUGGGGCGCGUGCGGGUCAGCUGCGCCAUCACCUUCCUGGCCGGCCUCUUCCAGUUCUCCGUGUGGACAGCGGCCCUGCUGCGCCCCGGGGAGACGCUGCGGCCCGCGGCCCGGGUGGGCGGCCCCGAGCACGCCUUCAUGUUCGCCAAGCUGGCACUCUACCCCUGCGCCAGCCUGCUGGCCUUCUCUGCCACCCUGGUCCUCAGCCGCUUCAGUGCCACCAUCUUCCACCUCAUGCAGCUGGCCGUGCCCGCCGCCUUCCUGCUGCUGCGUCUGCUGGUGCGCCUGAGCCUGGCUGCCGUGAGGGCCCUGCACCGCACCCCGGGGAGCCCCCGGGACCUGCUGCUGCCCCCCGAGUGACCACCCCGCAAACCACUGGGUCUCCACCGCUGCUGUUUCCUGAAUCCCUGCUGCCCCCCAGGUCACCACCCCAGGACCCGUCGCCCCCCUGACGGAGCCUCCCUGUACCGUGCCCCUGGGGGCCCCACAGCCUACACUCCCCACUAUACCCUGCCUCCAAGAGAGCCCCUCCCCCGGUUCCUGGUGGGCUCUACAGGGGUGCGUGGCGAGCAGCAAGUAGACAGGAGGCAGGAGUGACAGCCAGACUGUAUUUGCCCUAGACACCAGCACACAGACAGCAGGACAGGACACAGGGCAGGGGGCUCUGAAGGACAGACGGCAGGGGCACGGGGCUGGACAGGGUGCGGGGCCUCUGCAGCAGCGCAGGUCGGAUGGCCUCUUGUUCCAGGGCCCCCACCUAGAGGGGGUGGCCCAGAGCCCAGCACGGACAACCGGACAGCGGGGGCUCAGCAGUCCUGCCUAGACUGGCCGGACCCAGCCAUGUGGCAGCUGAGUGACAAUGAUUAAAGCCUCCCCAGCCUGG